AGCCUCUAGCUAGUCUGGACUCUCAAGUGUUGUCGGAUCGGAUCAGAUCGGAUCGGAUCGACGUCUCAUCUCUAACGGACAUCAUGGCUGCUGUUCAAGCUGCUUCUCGCCUCCUUUCCAAGAGGAUAUUAUCCUCCAGGAAAGCAGUCUCUGGUACAGCAGUUCAAGGUUCCAGGAAUUUGCACUUCUCCAUUUACGGCAAGAAAGAUGCGAAGGUUUCUGACAGUAUCUCCAAUCAGUACCCGGUUGUUGAUCACGAGUUUGAUGCGGUGGUGGUUGGCGCUGGCGGAGCGGGACUCCGGGCAGCUUUUGGCCUUUCUGAGGCUGGCUUUAACACUGCCUGUGUCACCAAGCUUUUCCCCACCAGGUCUCACACUGUUGCGGCGCAGGGUGGAAUCAACGCAGCGCUCGGCAACAUGGAGAACGACGACUGGAGGUGGCAUUUCUACGACACGGUGAAGGGCUCGGAUUGGCUAGGAGACCAAGAUGCCAUCCAUUACAUGACAGAGCAGGCUCCUGCAGCUGUUGUGGAGUUGGAGAACUUUGGCAUGCCUUUUAGCCGCACAGAGGACGGUAAGAUCUACCAGAGGGCUUUUGGAGGUCAGAGUCUGAAAUACGGCAAAGGAGGCCAAGCCCACCGCUGCUGCUGUGUCGCAGACAGGACCGGACAUUCGCUACUUCACACUCUGUAUGGUCGGUCGCUGCGUUACGACACCAGUUACUUUGUGGAGUAUUUUGCGCUGGACCUUCUGAUGGAGGACGGCGAGUGCAAAGGCGUGAUCGCGCUCUGCAUGGAGGACGGCUCGAUCCAUCGCUUCAGAGCUCAGAAUACGGUCAUUGCUACCGGGGGCUACGGUCGAACUUAUUUCAGCUGCACGUCUGCUCACACCAGUACCGGGGACGGAAACGCCAUGGUGACCAGAGCAGGUCUGCCCUGCCAGGAUUUGGAGUUUGUGCAGUUCCAUCCCACCGGGAUCUACGGAGCCGGUUGUUUGAUCACCGAGGGCUGCCGUGGCGAGGGAGGCAUCCUGAUCAACAGCGAGGGCGAGCGCUUCAUGGAGCGCUACGCACCCAACGCCAAGGACUUGGCAUCCAGAGACGUGGUGUCCCGCUCCAUGACCAUCGAGAUCAGAGAGGGCAGGGGUGUGGGUCCACAGAAGGACCACGUAUACCUGCAGCUGCACCACCUCCCUCCUCAGCAGCUCGCCACCAGGCUGCCCGGCAUCUCGGAGACGGCCAUGAUCUUUGCCGGCGUGGACGUCACCAAGGAACCCAUCCCCGUCCUGCCGACCGUCCACUACAACAUGGGAGGCGUACCCACAAACUACAAGGGCCAGGUGAUCACUCACACUAACGGCGAAGAUAAGGUGGUUCGUGGGCUGUACGCCUGCGGAGAGGCCGGCUGCGCCAGUGUUCACGGUGCCAACCGCCUCGGCGCCAACUCUCUUUUGGACCUGGUGGUGUUUGGCAGAGCCUGCGCCCUCACCAUUGCUGAGGAGCACAAGCCCGGAGAGGCACUUUCCCCUCUUAAGUCCAAUGCAGGAGAAGAGUCUGUGGCCAACCUGGAUAAGCUGAGGUUUGCCAACGGAAGCUUGCGAACCUCUGAAAUAAGGCUCAACAUGCAGAAGGCCAUGCAGGCUCACGCCGCCGUGUUCCGUACCGGCUCUGUAAUGAAGGAGGGAUGUGACAAACUGGAUGCCAUUUACCAGACCAUGGACGAUAUCAAGACCUUUGACAGAGGCAUCGUGUGGAACACCGACCUGGUGGAAACACUGGAGCUGCAGAAUCUGAUGCUGAACGCCGUCCAGACCAUUCACUCGGCCGAGCAGAGGAAGGAGAGUCGAGGAGCUCAUGCCAGAGAAGACUUCAAGGAUCGCAUCGAUGAGUACGAUUACUCCAAGCCCUUGCAGGGUCAGGAGAAGAAGCCCUUUGAGCAGCACUGGAGGAAACACACUAUGUCCUAUGUUGAGCCCAAAACUGGCAAGGUGACCUUGGAGUACCGUCCUGUCAUUGACCACUCUCUCGAUGAACAGGACUGCGCCCAUGUCCCUCCCGCCAUCCGCUCUUACUAAGAUGCCCUCCUCCGACAGACCGACCAUGAUGUCUGCAAAUGAUCACUCACUAUUGAUGGUGAAAUUGUUCCUGCAAUACACAAAACAUUAAAGGGAACUAUGCUCAUGUGUUUGAAGGUGUGCCGUGAACACAUUUCAUCAUCCAUCUUUGCUAUUGUGCCGGACUUGUGCGCUUUCCUAGAUUUGCGGUGCUUGAAAUGCAUUUGAUAUUUCGGGUUAGGUUCAGUCUGCACAAGCUCGUGUUGCUGUAAGGCCGCAGCCCGGGAAAGUUUGACGCAUGUAAAUAUGACCUCAAUGUACAAUAAAUAGAAUGGAUCACAUACUACCUGUGUGUUACAAGAGAAAUACACACAUUAGUGAUCUCUUGGUGUGUUUGCAGUUAACAAGUGAUGCAAUACAAACGUAAUCAUGCGGUAUACUGUAUGUACAUCAAUAACAAAGAAGAAAUUCAGACUUGUAACAUUUUUUGCUUUGCUUUCUCUUAAGUAGCAGACUGCUCUCUUAGCAAACGUUUUGCCAACCACAUAUUGGUGCCUAGGCAAUUGACGGUAUGAAUGUCAAGGUUGGCACUCACUCAUUUGAAGUGGUGACUAUUUAUUUGCCUGUUUCUGGUUUUGCCCUAACUUUGGGUUCAUGUUGAAUAAAGAGACAAAACUGUGUAGAAACACAAGUACUUUUCCUGUCCUGUAAAAUCAGGCAAACAUG